AUGAAUAACAGAAAAGGAAAUCGGUCAAGAACAAGAGAACACAGGAAGUCUAAGAGGCAACGAUCUCAUAACAGGCAUUCAUCUAGUGAACAUUCUCAUGGUGCUGAAGCAAACAGUGGGCCUCCUGCAAGAGUCAGCAGGAAAUAUCCAACAUCAGACCCCAGUAACAGUAGAAGAGGCACAUCACAUGACCUGUACAGACAGCCUGCUUCAUCCACAAGUUCUUGGGAUGUAUCUAGUCACAGAAGAAACCUUCACCAAAGAUCAUCAUCAACAACCCAUGAGACGUCUGACCAGAGAGGACACAAACCAUCUGCCUCAUCGUCUAGUGCAUCAGUUGCGUCCAGCUGUCAGCCAUCUACAAAUGCUCAACAGCCAGUGCCUCAAGUCAGUGAUAUCCCUGGCUACUACUACGAUGAAGCCAGCAAACUCUACUUCAAGAUGCAGUCCUACAACCUGAGUACAGUAGCACCAUUUGUCACUAGAGAUAAAAUAGUCAGCCAACAGAAGGAAAACCAGCGUGUGGUGGAUGUACAGAAUUUCACAAAGCAAAACUUGCCAGCAUCAACAGCCUCGUCCAGUUUACCAGGAACCACUCACAGACACAAGAGUCACCUGGUCAGUGUUCUACAGGAAGUCCAGUGUGGCCAGUUUGCCAUGGAGAACUUUAGGACGUACAUGUUUCGCCACAUGUGCUCUAGAGUGGAGCCAGACGUCACCUGGGAGAACUCAUUGCCACUUCAGCCAAGCUUUCGCUUGGGUCAAAUUGAGAACAUGGAGGUCAGUGAGAACAGAGACAAGAUAGCUUGUGUCUCAUCAUUAAAGUCCAGCUACUCCCAGGUCAUACAACUGCUGACUGUAGGUGAACAUCACACGUCAUAUCCUGAGGGUCACCGCUCAGUCCUGAGGGUCACAGUUCCAUCCCUUUCCUUUGGACCCAUACACAAGAGAAUUAAAACUAUGUGCUGGGCUCCAAUACAAGACAGACAUGGCCAGGCAACGAUUCUCUACACUACAGUAUGCCCAAUUGGCUGUUUAGCCAGCAUUGCUUACCUCAGUAAUAUAGAUGCAGAGAAUGAUGAGCAAAUUCUGUUUGAACUGAACCUGGGGAAAAACAUUAUCUGGUCAGCAGCUUGGAACUCUCACAGACACCAGUUGACCAUCGGUGCUGAGCGCAGAUGUGGCCUGAUUGAUGUGGCCACAAGGAAACAGUGGACUUUCAACACCUUGGACAGUGACCCACUGGCCCAGCUCUUCUGUCUGGCUAACCCAUAUAUUUACAACGGCACAAGAAAAGGCCACAUACUUCUCCAUGAUGUCAGGGCUCCAGACAAGGGACGAUACAAUGUGAUGAUGAAACAAACUCCUGGAGUGGGAUGUUUGAGACUUCUGAAGGAUGAGAACUAUCUGCUAGCAAGUGACUUCUCUGGCAAGAUUUGCACCUGGGACCAGAGGAUGAGGAAGAUAGUGAUGGAGUACAGCGGCCUGAUGAACUCUCACUGGCAGCUUGCCUUCUCUGUGGAUGAGACAGAAACAGUCCUCACCAGUAUGACCUGGCUACUUGCUAAAGGUGUGCAACAAGCAUGA